AUGGCUUUUCUUCACUGCGUUCCUUCAAGCUCCUUCCAUGGCGGUCUUCAUGUGGGUAGGAGCGAUUACUGCCUCUUGGGUCCCUACCCUCAAACUCUUUCUUCUCCAAACUCUCGAAAAAUCUCUGUUUCCAUCAGGUGUCAAUCUACUAAAACCAAAGAGCCAAAGACGAAUGGUAACAUUUUGGACAAUGCGAGCAAUCUUCUUACAAAUCUAUUAAGUGGUGGAAGUUUGAGUUCAAUGCCUAUUGCUCAAGGAGCACAUGGAGGAGUGUACAAACUUGCGUUUGGUCCAAAAGCCUUUGUUGUUAUCUCAGAUCCGAUUGUUGCAAGGCAUGUCAUCCGCGAAAACGCGUUUUCUUAUGACAAGGGAGUUCUCGCUGAGAUCUUAGAGCCGAUUAUGGGAAAAGGGUUGAUACCGGCUGACCUUGAUACCUGGAAGUUAAGGAGAAGAGCUAUAACUCCUGCAUUCCAUACAUUGUAUCUAGAGGCCAUGGUCAAAGUAUUUAGUGACUGUUCGGAGAAAAUGAUAUUGAAAUCUGAGAAACUUUUAAGGGAGAAAGAAGUUUCUAGCGGAGAGGACACGAUCGAAUUGGAUCUGGAAGCAGAAUUCUCAAGUCUGGCUCUUGAUAUUAUAGGGCUUAGCGUGUUCAACUACGACUUUGGCUCUGUCACAAAAGAGUCCCCUGUGAUUAAGGCAGUUUAUGGAACUCUUUUUGAGGCAGAGCAUCGUUCUACUUUCUACUUCCCUUAUUGGAAAUUUCCUCCAGCCAGAUGGAUAGUUCCAAGGCAACAAAAGUUCCAAAGCGAUCUGAAAAUUAUAAACGAUUGCCUUGAUGGACUCAUUCAAAAUGCUAAAGAGACAAGACAGGAAACAGAUGUAGAGAAGCUCCAGCAAAGGGACUACUCUAAUCUCAAGGAUGCAAGUCUUUUGCGGUUCUUAGUCGAUAUGCGUGGUGUUGAUAUUGAUGACCGGCAGCUGAGAGAUGACCUAAUGACUAUGCUAAUUGCUGGUCACGAGACAACAGCAGCAGUUCUCACUUGGGCUGUUUUCCUUCUUGCACAAAAUCCUGCAAAAAUUAGGAAAGCUCAAGCUGAGAUUGAUGCUGUGCUUGGAGAAGGUGCACCCACUUAUGAAUCAAUGAAAAAGCUUGAGUACAUUCGACUGAUCGUAGUAGAAGUCCUUCGUCUCUUUCCUCAGCCACCUUUGCUCAUCAGACGCACUCUCAAACCAGAAACCUUACCUGGAGGAUACAAAGGUGAAAAAGAAGGUCAUAAAGUUCCAAAAGGAACUGAUAUCUUCAUUUCUGUAUACAAUCUCCAUAGAUCUCCAUACUUUUGGGAUAACCCCCAUGAGUUUGAGCCUGAGAGGUUCUUAAGAACAAAGGAGAGCAAUGGAAUUGAAGGAUGGGCAGGCUUUGAUCCUUCUCGAAGCCCUGGUGCACUAUACCCGAAUGAGAUCGUAUCAGACUUUGCAUUCUUACCAUUUGGUGGAGGGCCAAGGAAAUGCAUUGGAGACCAGUUUGCCCUAAUGGAAUCGACAGUUGCACUAGCUAUGUUGUUGCAGAAAUUUGACGUGGAGCUGCGCGGGUCGCCGGAAUCUGUUGAACUUGUGAGCGGCGCUACGAUUCAUGCCAAAAAUGGUAUGUGGUGCAAACUAAAGAGAAGAUCAAAGUGA